CCUUUUUCACCUAAACCCUAGCUUGAACACCCACCCCUUUAGCAUCUCCCCCUCUCUCUUCCAUCGUCGGUAAUUCUCUGAAAUUAUUGAAUUCUUUUUGCUAGAUGGGGUGUUUUCUUGGAUGUUUGGGCGGUGCCAAGGAUCAAAAACGCCGCCGGCAGCAGAGGACUCAUCGCGGCGGAAGUCCUCGUGUCCAAAGAAACAGAGUUCAAAGUGUUCAACAAGAAACCGUAGCCAGUGCCGAACCGACCGUCGCAGAAACACCUCAAACCAACUUGGUUUCGGACUUACAAAGUAAACCGACUGGAGAGGUGCAACUGAGUCCUAGCCCCAGAAAAAGAGUCACAUUCAAUUCAAACGUCACAACCUACGAGCACGUCUCGGUUCAAGAAAGCAUCGAUUCCCUACCACACUCUAACGAAGAUGUUGACAGAGAAUCUGAAGAUGAAAAUUCAGUCGUAACCAAAAAUGUAGUGUCAUACCCACUGAAUCAUAGGUACCAUAAUGCAAGAGAAAGCGACGAUGAAGCUGAAGAGUACGGAGAUAGUGACUUGGACGAUUUUGAUGACUCGGAUGAUGAAUAUGAUUAUGAUGACGACGAUGAUGACAUGAUUUCUGAUGAAGAAGUGUGGAACGAAUCGGUUUUAACUACAUCAGUGGAGAAAGUCAAUGCUGCGUUUGAGUCGAAAGAUAGUGCUAGAGACAGAAGAGGUUACGUUAAUUCAGUGCUGAACCCUAUAGAGAAUAUUUCUCAGUGGAAAGCUGCAAAGUCGAAAGUGAAGCCACAGGAGAAAUUUGCUGCACAGAAGAAAGAAAAUCGAGAAAUAGCAGUUGAUGCAAGUCUUUCUUGGUUAGUGGUUUCACCUGUUGAUGAUGAUAAAUUAACAUCAUCAUCAUCUGGAAAGAACUUUCCAGAAGGUUCUUCUACUACCGGUUUCAGAAGCUUCCAAGAUCGGCCAAUUGAAACUGCCGAGACCCACUGGAAUCACUCGGCUUCGACAAUGCGCUAUAACUCAGCCCCUUUUUAUAAGAGAGAGGUAUUCAUGAAAUGAGAAUGUCGAUUUGGAUUUCGAACACUUCGAAACCACAUACAUACCGGGUGGAGCUUGUGAGAUUGAUUUAUUUAUCUGCGUCUAGUAUUUUUUUAUUAUUUAAAGAGAAGGUUUGUUGUUGUGUGUGAAUUCUACUACAGGGGACAUCUAUACAAAAUUUAAUUUGUUUGUUGUACAUUCUAUUCUAUGUAUUGAAGUUUAUUUGUUUGUUGAAAUGGAUUUAAGUGUUGCUUUUG